AUGGCAGACCUUGAGGAUGAUAAGGCUAGCGGUGAUGUAGUUUCUGAACACAAGCCUGAAGGGCUUCCCGAACCCGAACCACCAAAGAUACCAGAUGUGGAGCUCAUUGUAGACGGUUUCGGCUUCAUGCCCAAAGACUAUCCGAGGGCCACUAAAAGUAGAUCGUCUAAUGUUUUCACGAAGUCAUCGAGAAUGUUGAAGGAAAUCAAAGGAACGGAAGCGGAGCAGAGUCCCUGUGCGUCCAGCACGAACAUUGAUAUAGUUAGGCGGUACACUUGGAAAACAAAAAAUAGGAUGAUAGUUCAGAUCAUCACAUACGGUGCUACGAUAACAUCAAUUCAAGCACCGGAUCGUAAAGGAGUGCCCGAUGAUGUUGUCGCAGGAUUUGAUACAUUAGAAGAAUAUUUCCAGUCCAGAAAUCCCUACUUUGGUGCGACAAUAGGACGCUACGCUAACUAUAUACGCGACGGUACGAUGGUAGUGAAGCCUUCCGGAAGAAUGUAUAUGCUCUCAACGAACAGAGGUCAUAAUCAUUACCAUGGAGGGUACAUGGGUUUUGACAAGGUUAACUGGCGUUCGUACGUCGUCGGCAAUAAAGUAAUAAUGAGCCACGUGUCUGAGCGAUUCCACGAAGGUUACCCUGGGACGAUGAUGGCGCAAGUCUCCUUCGAAGUGACCUGUGAUAACACACUCAAGAUCGAAAUGAAGUGCACCACGAGUGAACCGACUAUUGUUAAUCUUAGCAACUCUCCGUAUUUCAAUUUAGCUGGGCAUCACGCCGGCUGCGAGACAGUGUACGACCACAUCUUCACAAUCAAUGCUGACAAAUUUACGGAGGUCGAUGAAGAUGGGCUCGUGACAGGUGAAAAGAAAAUAGUUGGAGCCACCGCGUACGACUUCAGAGUUCCGAGGGUUUUGCGAACUAUGCUGCCCAAGAUCCCGCAAGGAGGCUACGAUAUAAACUACUGUGUGACUCAGGGGACGGAGCAAGAUCUUACAUUUCAGGCCCGAGUACUUCAUCCUAUAACAGGAAGAGUUCUUGAAGUGUAUAGUAAUCAGCCCGGUAUGCAGUUUUACACAGGAAACCUGCUUCCUGACCCUGACAAAAUUGUUGAGACCCCAGCCAGUGAAGAGGGAGGUGAAGCCGAAAAGUCUGAAAGUGAGGGUGAAAGCGAGACAAGCAGUAGGACUAGUGCGAAAGGAGAACAUGUGAAUGAAGAAGAAAGCGAGGGUAAAAAAAGUUUUGGUUACGUACCGUUACUGGGCAAGCAAGGUACAUAUUAUAAGAAGCAUGGACUGUUCUGUUUGAUGCCACAAAAUUAUCCAGAUGCAGUUAAUAACAGAAAUUUUCCCAACUCUGUUCUGAAUCCGGGCGAAGUGUACGUGCAUCGAAUACAGUAUAAAUUUGGUAUACUACUCGGAAAAUACGUCUAA